GACUCGUAAACGACGUAAUGUUCAAGAACAAUACAGUAGACGUGAGAUGGUGUAUACCCGUGAGCCAUCGGUAUCAUUUGUGAGUGUCUACAACAAACAGGAUGGCAUACAAAAGACUGAAACUGUCAAGUUGAUCGACCGUGGUGUCAAAACUACAAAUCGUCAAGCGGAAACUGGUUAUAUGAUUGCACUGGAUGAACACGAAAACAAUCCUGUCGUGACAAUACGGACGAAACAAUUAGCUGACCAUUUGAAGUUGAACGUAUCCGAUAAAGUGUUCGCUCGGCAUGAGGCUGUUUCGUUAUCAUUGCGAGCGAUCUGUAAUGGAGAUACACCUGAACUUAUUACUAAUUAUCAACUGUCACCAUUUUUGGUUGAAGGUUAG